GUGUUGAGCUGUUUCUCUCUCUCUCUCUCUCUCUGCACCUUCAUCUUCUUCUUCCUCUUCUCUCUCUCUAUACAUCUUUUUCAAUAAAAAAAAUCAGUCUGUAAUGCUCUGUGCAAGCUGUAAAUGAAUGUAAUGGCUGCACAGUAUAGGAGGAAAAUCAGUCUGCAUUUCUUCUAACCCUUCUUGUAGAAAAGUUUUCGUCGAUUUGCAGUCCGCCAUUGCCGCCUGAACUUGAUGUUCUUGUGAAGAAUUCAGGCUUUGUAUCUCAAAAUUGGGGAUUCCUUGCUUUAAUGAGCAAAGUCCCUUUCUGCAACAUUCCUCGAAGCUAAUUCAGAAAGCUGUGCUUUAGGGCAGAUUCUCAUUCCCCGAUUUGACGUAUUUUCUGUUCAAUUCGGCGCUGGAGAAGCUUCAUCUUCAGCAAUGGCUCCGUCGCUGUACUGGUGGGCGAAGGAAUCGCACCGGGGGACGUCGGUGGUGGUGAAAAUGGAGAAUCCGAACAACUGGUCCAUGGUGGAGCUCGAGUCGCCGUCCGACGAAGACUUCGGCUACUCAAACGACGCCGUUUCGAAGGGCGGCCGUAACCGCAACGCCAAGCAGUUAACGUGGGUGAUUCUUCUGAAAGCUCACAAGGCCGCCGGCUGCCUGACCUCCUUGGCCGCCGCAUUCCUCUCCGUCGCUUCCAUCGUCCGCCGCCGCGUCGCCGCCGGAAGGACCGACUCGGCCGACGCCUCCUCCGCCGAGAGCGCCGCCUUCAAAUCGAGAUUCUACACCUGCAUCAAGCUCUUCCUCUGCUUUUCCCUCUUCCUCCUCGCCGUCGAAAUCGCUGCUUAUUUCAGAGGCUGGCAUCUCGCCGGAACGGAUCUUCGUGCUCUGGCGGACAUUUUCGCCGUCGGAGAUGUCUUCAACCUUCUCUACUCGAGGUGGAUUUUGAUCAGAAUGGAAUACCUGGCUCCGCCUCUGCAAUUUCUAACGAAUGCUUGCAUCGUGCUGUUCCUCAUCCAGAGCCUCGACAGAUUGAUUCUCUGCUUAGGUUGCUUCUGGAUCAAGCUCAGAAAAAUCAAACCUAUUCCCAAACACGUUUCCGGCGAUCUCGAAUCCGGCGACGACGACGGCGGCGGCUAUUUCCCCAUGGUUUUAGUCCAAAUCCCUAUGUGCAAUGAAAAAGAGGUUUAUCAGCAGUCGAUUGCUGCUGUGUGCAAUCUCGAUUGGCCAAAAGGACGUUUGCUGAUUCAAAUUUUGGACGAUUCCGACGAUCCAAUGGCGCAGCUGCUGAUCAAAGACGAGGUCCAAAAAUGGCGGCAGAAUGAUGUCAACAUUGUUUACAGACACAGAGUGAUUAGGGAAGGCUACAAGGCUGGCAAUCUCAAAUCCGCCAUGAACUGCACCUACGUCAAGGAUUACGAAUUCGUCGCCAUUUUCGACGCCGAUUUCCAGCCCAAUCCCGAUUUCCUCCGAAGAACCAUUCCUCACUUCAGAGACAACGAAGAACUCGGAUUGGUCCAGGCUCGAUGGUCCUUCGUCAACAAGGAGGAAAACUUACUAACUAGGCUACAGCUUAUCAAUUUAGCUUUCCAUUUCGAAGUCGAGCAGCAGGUCAAUGGAAUCUUCCUCAACUUUUUCGGAUUCAACGGCACCGCCGGCGUCUGGCGAAUUAAAGCACUCGAAGACUCCGGCGGCUGGCUCGAGCGAACCACCGUCGAAGACAUGGACAUUGCAGUUCGCGCUCAUCUUCACGGAUGGAAAUUCAUCUUCCUCAACGACGUUGACUGCCUAUGCGAGCUGCCGGAAUCGUACGAAGCUUACCGGAAGCAGCAGCACAGAUGGCAUUCCGGCCCAAUGCAGCUCUUCCGGCUCUGUUUUCCGGCGAUUGUUAAAUCGAAGAUAAGCGUAUGGAAAAAAGCCAACUUGAUUUUCUUGUUCUUCCUACUACGAAAACUCAUCCUACCAUUUUAUUCAUUCACACUCUUUUGCAUCAUCCUCCCGAUGACGAUGUUCGUUCCCGAAGCGACGCUCCCGUCGUGGGUCGUCUGCUACAUCCCGGCGACGAUCACGUUCCUCAAUGUGAUCCCGGCGCUAAAAUCGUUCCCAUUCAUAGUCCCUUACCUUCUUUUCGAAAACACAAUGUCGGUCACCAAAUUCACGGCGAUGAUCUCGGGGCUCUUCCAGCUCGGAAGCGCGUACGAGUGGGUCGUCACGAAGAAAUCCGGCCGAUCCUCCGAGGGCGAUCUGACAAUGUUGGUCGAAACGGAGCGGAACCUCGAGGAACUGCGCGAGGAAAUAAUCAAACAGCAGCCGGAGAAGGGGAAGGAGAAGUUUCCGGCGACCAGCGCAACAAAGAAGAAGAAGAAGCACAACCGGAUAUACACGAAGGAGCUUGCGCUGGCGUUAUUGCUGCUGACAGCGUCGGUGCGGAGCCUCAUGUCGGCGCAGGGUAUACAUUUUUACUUCUUGUUGUUUCAGGGGAUAUCGUUCUUGCUCGUCGGCCUCGACUUGAUCGGCGAGCAAGUCGAGUAGCUUUAGUCGACGAUGACGACGCCGAUGUAUCGCUAUUGCAUUGGAUUGCAUCGGAUUGUCAGUUUCCGAUGGGGAUGUCGCCGGAGCCGGUGGGGGUAAAAAGGUCUUUUUGCGUGAAAGGUAUGCAUAUAAUGAAUGAAUGGUGAAUGGCGUACAGUGUAGUUUUGUGGAUACAGAAAAAUAAAGAGAGGUCGAAUGAAUGGUGAUGUGAAUUGGUGAAUUGUUUUGCUGUAUUUUUAUUUUGAUUUUUUUUUUUUUUUGGGUUAAUUCUUUUGUUGUUUUAGUUUUAUUCUUUUUGUAAGAAGAAUUCGGUAGAAUAAUAUACUGAUGGUUACGGUGGUGUCA